AUGGAUCCUGAUCUCGUUUGGUUAGCAAUACUGUUUGCUGUUUGGAUGUUAAAGAAUGCGUCUCGCAAUGGGGUACAACUCUCGGCUGAACGAAACAAUCUCACCAACUUGAAUUCAUUCAAGUAUUCGGGAAUUGCCAAUAGAAAGGCAAUUGGUGUUACGGAAGCACGCGAAGGAAAAGGUGUCGUAGUAAGCACAAAAAAAACCAAAGUAUCCGAACGCAAACCUGCCGAUAAGAUCCAUACAGUCACUUUGAGGAGAGGAGUAAGACGUGCUGCCAAGAGUGUUACUAACUCUUUGACGCGAUCUUACUAUCGCCCUGAUUUGCAAAAAGAAACAUUAGCUCGUAUUUCUGCUAUUUACGAGUCCCAAAAACCAAUCAAGUCUCAUCCAGCAAAGGAGGGUCGUCGCCAUACAAAGGGACGUUCUCAACCGGAGGAAAUCUCUCAACCGGAGGAAGUCUCUCAACAAGUAUAA